GUCUUUGAGGCCGGUGUCAGGCUCCAGGUCGGGUCCGGCGUAUCAUCCUGGAUGCAUGCGCAUAUGGACCAAGGAGCUGGACUCCAUCACAGGAAGUUUCUAGGUUUGGAUCAAAGGAGUUCAUAGCCUGCGCUUGUUGAUCCUGGUGCUUAACGGGAUUUGAUCGGCCAAGCAGGAAGAGUUUCGCCGAAUGGAAGAUGCGUUGCGCGAGGUGAUCCAAUUGCAUGUAUACUGGCGGACAGGAGAAGGCCGAACGGCCAAGUGUCUCUGCUCGCAGCAAUCUGGGCGGCUCUUGCUGAAGUUGACUUCAAUGCUCUUCAAAGUGCGUGUGAUCCAUACGAAAUAGUCGCAAACUGAGUUGACGGGUGAAGAGCGCUGUUUCAAGGCCAGUCCAUCAACCCAACAAGACACGAGCCUGCCGCAUAGCGCAACGCAAAAGGUCAAGCAACAAAAGUGAUGUGGUAUGAAGACGGUGGCCCCGAAUUUCGUGCGAGGCCUUCAGACAUCGGUCCAGCUACAUGGGCGGAAGCAGAAGACGGAAUCAGCUCCAGUAUUCUUGACGACCCAGCUAGCGAUACUAUGGUGUUGACUGUCGAAGUCGAUCGAAUGUGGUGAAAGACAGGCGUUGACCUUCAGCUGACACGACGUGAUGACUUUGGCAAUACCGAUGAUGGAGAACGCGAGAGAGAUCUUGACUCGACCAAAGCAGCACAUCAAGACCAAGGUCUGAGCGAGGGCGUCUACGCCUGAAUUCGAACCAGUGGUGCGCUUUGUUUGGCCGAGGUGGACACCAUCCCUCUUCACGAGAAGCGCGCUAAGAUUGUCAAUGGGGAACUUGAGCCGACCGAAGCUGAGAUCGAAGCCCGCAAGGAGGAAGAACGGGUGAAGAUAAGGAGGCCGAGGAAGCAAAGGCAGAAACCGACGACGAAAAUGGUGUCCCAGAAUGUUUCCUGUGAAAGGCGUGAAGCCAACAAACACAACUUGUGCAGUCAGAUGUCGGGUGAUUCGAAACGAGAUGGGUGUGGCCGGUAUUCACAACUCGACGCGAUGAUCCCAUGCACCAGAUGGUUGGCUGCAGUCCACUCCUCGAGCGAGAGGAAAUCUGCUUGCGGGCCAUCGGAUACGGCUCCCAUGAUCUGGAGAUUCACAGUCUGCUUCAGAUGCAUGUGAGAUGGGACAGGUUGCACACCCGAAUCGACAGCUUGCCGCUCCAGCAAUGGCACUGGGGAUCAUUAAUGCAGCUCCUGCAAAUCUGACUUGACCGGUGGCAUAUUGC